AGACCGAAUUCUCGAAUACCUGACACAGCGUCCGACCACGACAAUGGCUCCCCAAAAAUCAUUGCUGCAGUAUAUCUGCAGCUUCCUGCUGCUCGUCAGCUCCGUUAGCGCUCUCAAGUUCGACCUUAUCGCAGGAUCCAAGGAGCGCUGUGUUCGCAACUUUGUCGGCAAGGACACCCUCGUCGUGGUGACAGCGACCGUCGAUGGCUACAAGGGCGAUGGCAUGGUGGUGAACCUCUACAUUCGCGAUGCUGUUGGCAACGAGUACGGUCGCCCCAGGGAUGUUGUUGGAGAGUCAAGAACCGUCUUUACUUCUCACGCCGAUGCUGCUUUCGAUGUUUGCUUCGAGAAUGUUCCUUCUGGCUCCCAGCGACUCAACAGCCCUACCCGUCACAUUGAACUCGAUAUCGAUAUUGGUGCCGAUGCCAAGGAUUGGUCCGCUAUCCAGGCCACCGAGAAGCUCAAGCCUGUCGAGGCUGAGCUCCGCCGUGUUGAGGAGAUCACCAGCGAGCUUGUUACUGAGAUGGAGUACCUCCGCGCCCGAGAGCAGAAGCUCCGAGAUACCAACGAGAGCACCAACAACCGUGUCAAAUGGUUCGGUAUUGCUACCACUUGGCUUCUCGUUGGUCUCUGGGCUUGGCAAAUCAUGUACCUCCGCGCCUACUUCCGAUCCAAGCAUCUUAUCUAAAAGAGUGUUUUUACAUGCGCGUUGUCUACGACGGAGCUCAUUGGUACCAUGAAGAGUCGGGCAUAUUUUAUCUAAAGAUCAUGAAGGGAUCUUGUUGAACAGUCCUUGGUCUGUUAGGUGUGGCCGUGUAAGUGGACCAAGUUCCCCGUCAUGUUGGCGUUGGAAUUCGUGGCAGAUAUAUGAUUGGAAUUGGAAGCAGGCUUGGUACUUGCCAGAUCUAGGGUCUUUUUGGAAGGGCUGAGUGUAACAAAAGUCAUGAAAGAGAAAAUAAUUUAACGUCUAUACAU